GACACGGCAGUUCUGCUGUUCACCAGUUGUAGGUGCGCUUCAGCACAGAAUGUACCGUGGACGCCAUCUUGGGGAGAUCCCGAAGCUGGUGACAACUAUAUGAAGCUCAUCAAAAUGGGAUUAUUAAACUUCUAAAAAAACAUUUUCCUUUUUGUUUUGUCUGGAACUGCAACGGAGAGUAGGCGUUUUAUUCAGCGGCAGUUUGUUUGCCUGCGAAGACUCAACCGUGGCUGCAGUCAAGCCUGCUUACCGUUGGUUAGAUGGCCGGCUAGCUAGCUACGCUAGCUAUCUAUGCCAGCUGGUCUGUGCGCCGCUCCGGACUGAUCCGUGGCCUGCAGCAGAGGAAGGGUGGUGACGGCGCAAAAUGCAAUCCCGUUAAUUUUCUUCAGGAACCCUCUUUUUCUCCAGGAAAUUGCUACUGGGACAACUUGCAUAUCCGAUAAUGAACUUAUAGAUUGCCAAGUACUUGUCAUCUUCAAUUUUGCUGUCCAUUUCGUAUCCAGCUACAGAUUAGCUGGCUUGCUAGCCGACUUGCUAGCUCCCUUGCUGUCUGCGUUGCCUAAUAUUCACUUGAAGAGACAUGUCAUCCAAUUGUACGAGCACAGGGCCGGUGAGCGCCAGCAAAACGAAGACGAAAAAGAAACAUUUUAUUGGACAGAAAGUAAAACUUUUCCGUGCAAGCGAACCCAUUCUGAGCGUUCUAAUGUGGGGUGUCAACCAUACGAUCAACGAGCUGAGCAACGUCCCUGUCCCAGUUAUGCUAAUGCCUGAUGAUUUUAAAGCCUACAGCAAGAUCAAAGUGGACAACCACCUAUUUAACAAGGAAAACCUGCCGAGCCGCUUCAAAUUCAAGGAGUAUUGCCCCAUGGUGUUCCGCAAUCUGAGGGAACGCUUCGGCAUCGAUGACCAGGACUACCAGAACUCGUUGACGAGGAGCGCUCCCCUCAACAGUGACUCGCAGGGCCGCUUCGGAAACCGCUUCUUGUCCACGUACGACCGGCACUUCGUCAUCAAGACCGUCUCCAGUGAGGACAUCGCCGAGAUGCACAACAUCCUCAAGAAAUACCACCAGUUCAUCGUGGAAUGUCAUGGCAACACGCUGCUCCCGCAGUUCUUAGGGAUGUACCGGCUAACGGUUGACGGCGUGGAGACGUACAUGGUGGUGACGCGCAACGUCUUCAGCCACCGGCUCACCGUGCAUCGCAAAUACGACCUGAAGGGGUCUACAGUGUCCAGGGAAGCCAGUGACAAGGAGAAGGCGAAAGACCUUCCGACCUUCAAAGACAACGACUUCCUGAAUGAAGGCCAGAAGCUCCAGAUUGGGGAUGACAACAAAAAGUUAUUCCUGGACAAGUUAAAACGUGACGUAGAGUUCCUGGCCACGCUGAAGAUCAUGGACUACAGCCUGCUGGUGGGCAUCCAUGACGUGGAGCGGGCGGAGCAGGAGGAGAUGGAGGUGGAGGGCGCCGCCGGCGAUGAGGACGACUACGACGGCGACGGCGGCAUGACCGGCUCGUUCGGCACCCCACCCGACAGCCCCGGCAACCCCCUCAACUUCGGCGGCUUCUUCGGGCCUGGCGAGUUUGACCCGUCGGUGGACGUAUACGCCAUCAAGAGUCACGAUGGUGUGGUGAAGAAGGAAGUGUACUUUAUGGCCAUUAUUGACAUCCUCACACACUAUGAUGCGAAGAAGAAAGCUGCACACGCUGCCAAAACUGUGAAACAUGGGGCUGGCGCUGAGAUCUCCACGGUGAACCCGGAACAGUACUCCAAGCGGUUCUACGAGUUCAUGUCCAACAUCCUCUCCUAGAUGAUCUGCCCUCGCCACGCCACACCCCACCCCACCCCACCCCACCCCACCCCACCCCACACCACACCCACAGACCUGCAGCUGAUUCCUUACAGCACUUUUGUUGACCUCCACACUUCUCCCUCUCUCUCUGUCUGUCUCUCCUUCUCUCUCUGUCAUUCUCUCUCUCUCUCUCUCUCUCUCUCUCCCUUCUCUAUCAUUCUUUCUCUCUUUCUCUCUCUGUACCUCCGCUCUGUGUUAUAUCUCCGCAUCUUUCUCUCCCAUCUCAUCGCCCCCCCCCCAAAAUCCUAUUUCCUUUCAGUCUUCUAAAGGCAUAUAGCACAUAGACACAGGAGCAAGGCUGUUACCACCACCACCACCACCACACCACCACACCACCCCCCGCUGCCCCUCUACAAGAGCAACACAAGGGGGGGGCAGGUUUGGGUGGGGGGGUUGAAGACUGGACUGCCACUAAUAGCAACGCUUCAGCUCCACCCCACCUCUCCGCAAAAAAAAAAAAAAAAGCCCCCCAAACUUAUUGUACUUGUUGCCCAGCUUCUCUUCAGCCUCUUUCUCUGGAAUGAGGGAUGGUUGGGAACCGUGCCGAACGAAACAAAGGAAAGAAAGAAGAAAAAAGUGACUCUGUUCCUCCUGCCCUUUCUCCCACACAACGUGCCCUCCCCUUCUCCUCGUCUCCAGACUUUUAUUUUAUUUCAUAUAUAUUGUUUUGUUUUUUUUUUACUUUUGACGCCAGCACCUUCUCACUAAUGCCUUGAAAGUGUGUUUUGGCUUCAGCUGUAAGAGUCCUGUUAUUAUUGGCUACCCUUCUCUUUUUUUGGUGUCUGUCCAUGCGCUCAUCUAUAUUUAUUUUUUCCUUUUAAAAAAACAAAACAAAAAAAACACAAUACACACACUCUUAAAACAGCACUCUGAGGACAAAGAAAAGGAAGAGAGAGCAAACGAGAAGAGACACUUUGGAGCCCGUCAAAUCUCGUGACAGUCCGCCGCAACAAAAAAAAAGAAAACGAAAAGAGGUCUUGCAGCGGAACAACCUGACGGUGGUGUGUGCACACCUCCCGACUCGAGCCCCAGUUCAAAUAGAGGAAACACAAAAGGAUGUGCUCGGAACAUGUGCAAGGGAAAACAAAUGUUGAACGCAGUGGCAAAAAUGCAUGUCUGUCAAACAGAGCCGACAUCACGCGUCUACGUCAACACCAACACCAAAACCACUAAUCUCUUUUAAUGGACGUAAGUGUUUGAAUGUUAUGUUGCCAUAUUUGUAUGAAGUCAAUUGUGUCUGUCAACUUGAUGGAGGUCGGUUAACAAAAAUGGAUUAAGAAACCACAUCAGAAAAAAAAGAGGAAUUUGAAAAAGCAAAUAUACUGGUUUUAUUACCAUGCGAAUCAUUUUUAUAUCUUGUUUACAUUAAUGUAGCAUUUUUGUGUUUGUAUACAGUAUUGUUUUGUUACCAACAUACGUUAGAAAAGGAAGUUACUUGAAAACUGAUCCAGUGCAUAUUAAAGGGAGUUUUAUUCUU